UGUCCGGCGCAGGAGGCGGCGCCCUCCGCGUCUCCGUGACUGCGCCUCCGCGCCCCGGGCUGGCCGCGGCUCCCGGGAUGCGCGGAGGCGGCGAAGGCGCUGGCGAUGGUGCCUCCAACCCUGCGUCGCCCUGGGCGGCGGACGGAGCUGGGGCUCAGCUGCGAGGUGGAGGAGGGGGCGGUGCUGCGGCCACCAGGCAGGCUUUUCUGCCUUGGGCCUCCUUUUUCACAUACUGCUCAUCUGUGAGUUGAGGCCCUGACUCCCCACAGAAGGAAGAGGCACUUCUCUCUGAAGAUGAACUCGACGGACCGCCUGCAGGGUGCGCCCAACGCCACCCUGCUGCAUGUGCCUCACUCCCGGGGAGAAAACAGCUCUGCGCUCCAGGAGGACCUGCAGGACCUCAUCCACACAGCCACCUUGGUAACUUGUACUUUUCUACUCACCAUUAUCUUCUGCCUGGGCUCUUAUGGCAACGUCAUCGUCUUCUUGUCCUUCUUUGAUCCCGCCUUCAGGAAAUUCAGAACCAACUUUGAUUUCAUGAUCCUGAACUUGUCCUUCUGUGACCUUUUCAUCUGUGGAGUGACAGCCCCCAUGUUCACCUUUGUGUUGUUUUUCGGCUCAGCCAGUAGCAUACCCGAUGCUUUCUGCUUCGCCUUCCAUCUCACUAGCUCAGGCUUCAUCAUCAUGUCCCUCAAGACAGUGGCUGUGAUUGCUCUGCACCGGCUCCGCAUGGUAUUGGGGAAGCAGCCUAAUCACACGGCCUCCUUUCCCGGUACCUUACUUCUAACUCUGCUUCUAUGGGCCGCCAGUUUCACUCUGGCCACCUUGGCCACCCUGAAAAUCAGCAAGUCCCGCCUCUGCCUUCCCAUGUCCAGUCUUAUUGCUGGAGAAGGGAAAGCCAUCCUGUCCCUCUAUGUGGUCGACUUCACCUUUUGUGUUGCUGUGGUAUCUGUCUCUUAUAUCAUGAUUGCUCAGACCCUGCGAAAAAAUGUUCAAGUCAGAAAGUGCCCCUCUGUAAUCACAGUUGAUGCUUCCAGACCACAGCCUUUCAUGGGGGUUCCUGUGAAGGGAGGUAGAGACCCCAUCCAGUGUACCAUGCCGGCUCUGUACAGGAACCAGAAUUACAACAAACUGCAGCAUGUUCAGAUCCAUGGAUACACCAAGAGUCUCAAGCAGCUACCAACCGCUGCAGCCAGCCGGCUGCAGCUGGUGUCAGCUGUCAAUCUCUCCACAGCUAAGGAUUCCAAAGCAGUGGUCACCUGUGUGGUCAUCGUGCUGUCGGUUCUGGUGUGCUGUCUUCCCAUGGGGAUUUCCUUGGUGCAGGUGGUUCUGUCCAGCAGUGGGAGCUUCAUCCUUGACCAGUUUGAACUGUUUGGAUUUACCCUAAUAUUUUUCAAGUCAGGAUUAAACCCUUUUAUAUAUUCUCGGAACAGCGCAGGGCUGAGAAGGAAAGUGCUCUGGUGCCUCCAGUACAUAAGUCUGGGUUUUUUCUGCUGCAAACAGAAGACUCGACUUCAAGCCAUUGGAAAAGGGAACCUCGAAGUCAACAGAAACAAGUCCUCCCAUCAUGAAACAAACUCUGUCUACAUGUUGUCUCCAAAGCCCCAGAAGAAAUUUGUGGACCAGGCUUGUGGGCCAAGUCAUUCAAAGGAAAGUGUGGUCAGUCCCAGGAUCUCUGCUGGACAUCAACACUGUGGUCAGAGCAGCUCAACUCCCAUCAACACUCGGAUUGAACCGUACUACAGCAUCUGUAACAGCAGUCCAUCCCGGGAAGAGAGCCUCCCACAUAACUUACAGCCAGUAAACUCUUUUGGAUUUGCCAAUUCAUAUAUUGCCAUGCAUUAUCAUACCACUAAUGAUUUAGUGCAAGAAUAUGACAGCACUUCAGCCAAGCAGAUUCCAGUCCCCUCUGUUUAGAAUUGUGGAGGCUGGAGAAUCUUUUGUUCACAUUUUUGUUUCCGAUACUAAUAGAUCUUGAUUUUUUUUCACUUUUGUUAGACCAUUGGUAAAUCAAAACUUAAAGAAUCAGCUAAACAGUUGGCACUUAUGAUUUUCUUUUAUCUGAAGUAUUAGCAUCUAUUGAUUCAUUUUGUGGUUUCUUGACAUUGUAAGAUUGGAUGUAAAAAUUCAUCACUUAGAUUUUUACCCUGACCUGUGUGCCAAUCUCUGGUAUUAAACAUUUAAAUAGAUGCCAAGAAUAAUUAUGCUACUGUGUUAGAGAAUGAACAUUUAUGAUCAUUCGAUUAUGAUCAUUAUUAUAUCAUCAUCAUCAUUAUGAUCAUUUGAGUCAGUGUUAUACAUCUUCAAAGUAUAAAGGGGCUGGAUUCUUUAAAGAAUGUGAAGGUGACUUCACUGAGGGGUUCUUUUCAUUAAUUGAAUUACAAAUUUAGAUUCUUUGAAGCAUUGAAACAAUACAUGUUUUUGGUAGCAGGCCUAUUUGAAUAAACAUUAUUAAAGCAGAUAAUCAGAAAUAUAUUAUCUAUAAAUAUCACUAGGCACUAGGUACUUUCCUUUCAUAAGACAGUCAACCAGUAAUAGUUUUGUGAUUAUUACCGUUUCUUAUUACAGACAUUAUUUUGUGUAAAUUGAUUAGAUAUAUCGUUCUUUUACAAAGAAAGAUGUUUUUGCUUGCUAAAAAUGAAUUACUGUAUUUCAGGACAAUCUUACUCAAGAACCCUAGUGAAGAAGACUGCGUCUGUAGUGGUAGAGGUAUGCUGUUCAUGGGAGAGUAAGCACUGACUGUGGUCAUCUCAGUCAAGGUGUUAUGUGAGAAGCCAUCCAGGCUGUGCUUGUGUGUUAGAUGAUCCUUAUUAUUGCUUAAGAAGGCAGAGGAUGAAAUUGGGAAUGUUUUGACUUAGGCUUUCCUUCUGUAUGAGGAUGGUUUAGUAACAACCUGACAAAGAGUAUACAGGUAACCAUUUAGAAUUUUUAAAAAUAUUUGUUUACAUAUUACUAUGGUAGAAAAAUUAAGAUAAUCUAUUUUCAAACUAAUUGUAUUUCUCUUCCAUUAAUUUAAACUGGAAAUGGACAAUAAGGAAAAGUAGAGUAAGUAUUGCUAUAUCUAAAACUACUUUUAUUAUAUACUCUGUGAUUCCUAGCACAACAAUUAUAAACUGACAGUUUUAUGUAAAAAUAUUUUCAUUAUACAGGUAGCAUUUGAAUUGCUAUAAUUUUGGAUCUAUGAUUGGUGGAUACAAGAUGAGCAUCAAGAUACAAAACCUAUCUUUAUAAAAUUGUUAUAUUCAAGAACUGUUAUUGCAGUUUAGAGGGCAUUUUGUUCCUUUGGAUGAAAGGUAUUCAAUUUGUAGCGCCCUCUCUCAGGCUGUUCCCAAAUACAGAGGUGAUGAGAGGCAUGGAGAAAACAGAGUAUAUACUCAGGUAGAACUCUGCUGAGCCUCAUCUAACAGUUCGUACCUUCCAGUAUCAACCAGUCAUUUCUACUUCUGAGGUUUAAGUGUAAGGAUUUUUUGGUUUUUUUUUAAUUCCCCUUUAAGGACUUUCUCCUUCCCUCCUUCACUCCUUUCUUCCUUUAUUUUUGCUAUUAAAUUUUAUAAUGGAGGAGAAAAUGUCCACUUUCUCACAUUUUUUUGGUAAUUGAAUGCUAUUUUUGAACUAUGAUCUAUUUCAAUUGUGCUUUUAUAUUUUUUUAAUACAAUACUGUUCUCAUUUAUUAAUACUUCCCAUAGAUAGGUUAGUAUAUUACCUCUUUUUAACAAAGAAUUAAGAAAUCUAAUAUCCUCUACCAAGAUCAUUGGAAGAAUUGUGGCAAAUUAGGAAUUAUACUUUUGUCUGAACUCAGAAUGAAAUAGCUUUAUAAUUAAUAACAUUAAUCAAGAAGGUAUUUCACACUUUUUAAAGUAUGAAUCUCUUUUUUGGCCAGGCAUUUCAAAUGUGGGUCAAUAAAAGAUUUUUUAGUAAGUAAUUUCUACUUGUAAAAAAUUUUCAAUGACAGAUUUCCUUUGUGACCUUUGAGUUUGAGAUAACCCAUCUUUGGGAAGUAAAAAUUAUAGCAUAAAGAAAACUAAGGAUGUGCAUGUGAGGUCUUCAGUCUCUCUGUGGUCAUCAAGAAAUCACUGAUUUAACUUGCAUAAAAUGCAUAGUGGGCUAGAUUCUUAGUCCUCUUCCAUAUCUGUAUCUACAUAGAGAUACAGAUAUAUUUAACUUGUCUUUUCAUAAGUUAUAUGUAUCUUUAUCUAUAUGGAGAUUGAUUCAUAUAUAGAUCCAUAUAGAUAUAGAUACAUGUAACUUUUCACAAGGGCUAAAAUGAGAACUAAAAGUAGUGAGAAUUCAGUUGAAUAUUACUAAUUAGCGGGGUACAUUAAUUAGUUCUCUUGAUGCCUUACUGUGAUACAAAGUAUGUGAUGUAUUUCAAACAUUUUAUUAUUACUCUAAUGUUAAUCAUUAGGCCAGAUUUGUAUUUCUGAUGCUUUUAAUGUUAUUUUAAAAUAAUGCUUGAAAAAUAAAAAUAUUGAAAACCCUGACAUUUCUGAACAUCAGAUUACAAACUAUGAGUUUCCUGUAUAAUCACUUAAAAACCAUCAGAGAAUAGCAGUCAUUAUUGUAUGAUGGAUAGCAAUGUGUUGAACCUCGGAGACAAGUUCUUUUCCUUAAGAGAUUAAAUAACUUCUUUGACCACAUUUUGUAGUGUGCGUAUAUUAAUAUAUAUGCUCAGAUGAACCAAGGAUAAUUCACUCCAAAGAUUAUUUACUAAACUAAGUUUCUCACCCAGUGGGAAAAGUCCUGACUAAACAUUUCAAAAACUUCUUUAAAAUGAGGUUAAUCUGGACGAAGAUACAGAAUUUCAGAAUUCUUAGUUUAUCUAUCAAGGUUUGGUUUUAAGAGUCAGAAAACACCAAUUGAAGCAGAAAAGGAUUGAGUAUAGGAAAUUAUAUGUCUACUAAAUAAUUUGAAGGCCAGGACUCUAUGUUGGGCCUCCAGGAAAGAUUCCACAAUAAACACUGCCUGACUAGUCAGGAGAGCUACUACUUCUACUACAACCAAGAAGGGAAGGAGUCAGGUCUCUAUGAACUUUUGAUGUCAAGGACACCCUGUUGAAGUAAAUAUCCAGAGAUCAGGAAGUUGCAGCUCUUGCCACUACCUCCACAACUAACCCUCUUGAUACCUCCAAAGCAAGGGGUUGAACACCAAAACACUGUUGAAGAAAAAUUUGUACCAUGCAUUUAGUUGGUGGAAUCCAAUUUGCAUUUAAAACCCUAGCUUGCAGUGAAUCUGGACAGUAUAGUCACACUAAAAAUGUAAACUAAAAGGAGGUUUGGAAUAGAUAGUGAGUUUCAGUCCACUCUGUGCCUUCUUUGAGACUAAUAUUUUGAGUAGUUUCUUGGUUAGCAGCUCUUUACAUCCACGAGCAAUGCUGUCAUAAGAUUGCAGGAGGGAAUUCUUCUCUACAAUGGGAAGGAGACAGUAAUGAAAGGGCAUUGGCAAAAAAACAAACAAACAUGAGGUCCUGAAGAGUAAGGCACAGAAAUCUUGUCAAAGAGCUCAGAUUUAUGGACCUGAAAAUGAGCAUCUGUAGAUCAGUUCCAUUUUUCAUGUUCAAGAUACCCCAUUCCCCAUUCCAGUUUUGAAGAUCUCUAGGUCACCAGUAGCACUUCUUGGGUGCUGACAGGCUCAAGUUUCCCUUCAUAUCUGAUUUGUGAUUAUAGCUCAUUCUUAAAUAAUCUUCCAUAAUCCAAGGCUGGUUACAGUCUCCCCUGUCAAGGCCACCCUCUUCUUUCAGAGUUUUGUGGCAAUGUACACAAGGAGACCCCAGUGUGAUUUUUAACUCCCACAGACAUGCUCUUUCUCCCUUAUACACUAAAACCAGUUGUUUUUCUUUUCCGUUCAUGAAAGAGGCCUUUGGUCCCUUAAAAGAGAUUUGCCCCACUGCUCUCCUACUGGAGUUGGAGUAGGAAGGGCAAGAGUCAGUGAAGAUACCAGGCUUGUGGAGUGGUGAGAAGAGAGGCUGCCAAGAAAAAUGCUCACCUCUAUCAGAGAUCCAAGCUUAGAGAGGCCAGGUCUAGACAGAGCUUGGAACCAUGGGGAAAGCAGCCCAGCCCCACCAGUGAGAGGACUCUGCCUCAGCAGGUGACCACAGAAGGUGCUGUGGUGUGCAGCCCCAAAGGGAUGAGUCACAAGAGAGCCAGAGUUACUUCCAGGAGUGAAGACAAUGACCAGUAGAAGCCAAAUGGGGUAAUCUUUGAGGGGAUAGAGAAGGGAAAGGAGGAGCAGAAAGACAGGAAAAUACCUCCCUACUUUUUCCCCCAUUCCUAAAGAUUUAAAGAGGAAUCCGUAAACUGAGAAACAGGUGCUAGUAGUAAUUAUGAUGAUUUGAUAUUCAGUCUUCUGGCUUUCAAUACCAUUGAAAUGCUAAUGACACUCAACUUUAUCUCUAGUCCUAACCUCUUGCUGAACUCUGUGCUGGUCUACCCAGUUGCCUAUUCAACAUCUCUUGGAUGUGUGAUAGGCUUCUCAAAUUUUAACAUGUACAAAAAUGAACUUUUGAUUCAGUUCUGCUCCUUUCCAAACUUGUGUCUCCUGCUGUUUUAUCAUCUCAGUAACAGCACUGCAAUUACCCAGCUGUAUAGCUCGAUUUUGGUGUCCUUGACUCUUUCUCUUGCAUGGCAUAAACAAUCUAUUGACAAAUCCUGAAUUGAAAUAAUAUACUCUGAAUCCAACUAUUUCUCAACUUUUUCAUCCCCAUCCCUUCUAGCCUAUGCCCCAUCAUCUCUCACCUGGAGUAUUAAACUAGCCUGGUAACCAUUUUCCAAAUUUUAGUUUUGCCCUCCUUUAGUCCUUCCUCUGUUACUGUAGCCCUUUUAAGGUAAAUCAUAUUUGUUACUCUCUUGCUUAAAAGCUUCCGGUGGCUUUCUGUCCCACUUAGAACAAAAUCUCAAGUCCUUGCCAUUGCCUGCAUGGCCCUAGUAAUGUAGUCCCUGCUUUCCUCUCUAUCCCCAUUUCCUUUUAUUUGUACCCAACCUAGCUUGGGGUACAUGGGCUCUCUGACUAUUUUGUUCCAUGUCAGGGAAUUAAUUCCUCUAGAAAUACUCCAUCCUGGAGUGGUCUUUCCAGUGGCUUUUCCUAGUCGCCAUAUUCAACACAGUUCUCUAUUCCACCACCCAUCCCUCUGCAUAUUUUAUUUUUUUCAUGGUUCUU